ACGCCGACGUGUAAAAACGAAAUAGUGAAAAAAAAAAACCAGGCGAUUCGUAGCAACGACAAGUUACUGAAUAACUUUUACCGAAAGAAAAACAAAAACAUGGACGGAUCGGUCAUGAAAUUGGGAACAAUCCUGGUGAUUUUGGCGGGCGUCUGUAUAACGGAGGGUUCGAAGAUCCUUGCAAUAUUUCCGUUCCAAGGUCGAAGCCACAACGUAAUGUUCGAGCCAAUCCUGAUUGGCUUGGCACGUGCGGGUCACUCGAUUGACGUUGUAAGUCACUUUCCCCCGAAGGAGCCCGUGGAAGGACUAAACCACAUCAGCCUGAAAGGAACCCUACACUUCUACGUGAACAACAUGACUGCGUCAUUCGCCAGAACGAUGACGGGAGUUAAGGCGGUAGACUUCAUUUCCUACCAGGAACCAAACGACCUCUGCAACCUGAUGCGGCUUCCUCAGCUGCAGAACGUCAUCAACACUGAUAAAAAGUACGACCUCAUGCUCACCGAGGUCUUUGGGACCAAUUGCUACUUGGCAGUGGCUCAGAAGCUGAAGCUUCCGGUGGUCGGCAUCUUGACCAGCGUCAUGUAUCCAUGGGCUUAUGGUCCGGUCAACGAGAGCCCGCUUGCCAGCUUCAUACCUUGCCAAUUGGCGCCCUUUACUAACGACAUGACGUUCAUGGAACGCCUGGAGAAUCUGGUCGUCACUCUUCACUCCAAUUUCUUGUUCUAUUACUAUGACAAAACGGUAUCCGAACCAAUCGCUAGGAAGUACAUCAACGACUUUACGUCCCUGAAUGAUAUCUAUUUCAACAUCAGUCUUCUGCUGGUCAAUAGCCAUCGAAGCAUCCACGGUGUUCGUUCAACGAAUCCUGCCAUCGUUGAUGUCGCUGGUCUUCACAUCGACGAAACGCAGGAACUCACAAAGGAACUGGAGGAAUUUUUAAACUCCUCGAGAAACGGAGUGGUGUAUUUCAGCAUGGGGUCAAUGGUGAAGUCAGAGAGUUUUUCUAAGGAGAAAAUAUUGGCGGUCUACGACAGUUUUGCCGAACUCUCGAAUUACAAGGUCCUUUGGAAAGGAAAGGUGGAAGAAAUGCCGAAGGGAUUACCACCGAACGUCAAAAUGGUUCCGUGGCUUCCACAGUACGCUACACUCCGUCAUCCGAAUGUGAAGGCUUUCGUGACUCAUGGAGGUCUGAUGGGCACCCUGGAGGCGGUUCACGCGGGAGUCCCGAUGAUUGGGAUCCCAUUUUUCGCCGAUCAGAUGUCCAAUAUAGCGGGAUACGCAAAUCGCGGUUUUGCCGUCAACUUGAACUACGAGACUCUAAGCAAGGAAAGCUUCUCUGAAGCAUUACGCGAGGUUCUAACGAAUCCUGACUACCAAUCAAACGUCGCACGUGUUUCGAGACUGUUCAAGGAUCGUCCGCUUCCUCCAUUGGCAGAAGCAAUUUACUGGAUCGAAUACGUCAUCCGAAACGGUGGCGAACCGCUCAAGUCUUCGGGUCGUCAUCUCUACUGGUUCCAGUACUACUUGAUAGACGUCGGUUUGUUUUUAUUAGCCGUAGCAACGCUCGUUCUCCUUGUUUUAGUCUUUUUCGUUAAAAAAUUAAUCACCCUCUUCUCAAGCACGCGAAAUAAAAACGUUCAAAUUAAAAAGAAGACUUCGUAGUGGACCGAAGAUGAUAAAAUUACACUGAUAACCAAAUACUAUCAAGCAACAAGUGUUCGUUAGUUACAGAAAGAACCUCAGCGUGAUCUUAAAAUCAGGAUUAUGCACCGAAUUUUCCCAAAAUCGAGUUUCGAAAUUUUUUUAUUUUUUAUUUUCUAUGAUUCGUUAUCAAAUUUUCUCUCCUGUACCAAGUUUUGUGCCGAUUGAUUCAAUGAAAAACCGCAAACUUAACCUAAAGUAGUCGCCAUAUUCGGUUCGCCAUCUUGAACUUUGCAAUUCUGACGUCAGGAUCGUAAUCAGCAAUCUCGAAAACCCUCGGAUCACCUAUGAUUUUGAAAAUCUGUUCGAUUGCGAAAUGUGAUCCUCAAAGGGUCAAUCUUGAUCAAAUCGAGACUCAGGAAUGCCCGAAGCUUCUUGUAGACAAGUUAUCGCCUCAAUUGAGAAUCGAAUUGGGAUCGUUUUUAACUUUUUCAAAGUAAUCUAGUGAUAUGUUUUCAUUCAAAUCGAUAAAAGCAUUUUGUGCAAUGUGACCACCUAAGUCGAAUCUAAGUCAGAUGAUUAGAAACAAAAUCUAUUUCCAAUUUCAAUUCCUUUUCGUGUGUUUCACAAGAAUUUCGAAAUGUGCCCCAUGAAAUUUAUAGCGGUGUGAUAGUUUUAAUAACAAUAUUUAUAUUUCUAAGUAUACGCUUUAUACAAUAUUUAACAUGAUUAAGAAUCUUCCGUUUGACACGUGAAGUGAUUCUUAUUGUGUGAAUAGAUAUUCACAUACGAAUAAGCAAAUGUUGAUGAUUUAUUGUCCAAUAAAAUGGGUUUCAUCCGUUUUUGUUUGCUAAAACAAAAAAACCGCA